AUGACGACUUCUGAGGUUCCUCAACUGAGCAAAAUCCCGAUUGGCGCCAAUGUUUCGCUUAUUACCAGUGUCCAGUAUCGGUAUGAGGGGACGGUGGCCGCCAUCAAUUCCAUCGAGGACACGAUCACACUUCGAAACGUACGGUUCUGGGGUGCUGAAAAUCGGGUCUCUGGGAGUACUUCUGCGCCUGCAAGUGAAAACAAGGGACCAGCAAUCGGAUCACUCUUUGAUUCUGUUACAUUUUGGAUGUCAAACGUCAUAAAAUUACGGAUAACGGAUGAAAUAACCGACAAGAAUGAACUGACGGACGUCGCUGUGAAGACAGCUAGCACCACGGAACCCAACAAAGCCCAGGCAAAGAAGCCAACCGCAGUGGUUGUAAGUUUCGACACAAUCAACUUUUUGCUGUGUAUUUACUCUUAA